GGCGGCGGCAGCUCCUCUUUGCAGAGGGGGAAAACUCCGAGGGGUAAGAGCAGGAAUAAUGCGGUAGGCGAGGCGGGCUGCUCGCUCCCGGCUCCGGCUCCGGCUCCGGCGGCAGCAGCGGCAGCCCGAGCAGCGGCAGCGGCAGCGGCAGCACCGCGAGCAGCGGACACAGCCCCGCCGGCAGGCUCCCUCGCUGACCGCCGACUGUCAAUGGAGCUGGAAAACAUCGUGGCCAACACGGUCUUGCUGAAAGCCAGGGAAGGGGGUGGAGGAAAGCGCAAGGGGAAAAGCAAGAAGUGGAAGGAAAUCCUGAAGUUUCCUCACAUUAGCCAGUGUGAAGACCUCCGAAGGACCAUAGACAGAGAUUACUGCAGUUUAUGUGACAAGCAGCCAAUUGGGAGGCUGCUUUUCCGGCAGUUCUGCGAAACCAGGCCUGGGCUGGAGUGUUACAUUCAGUUCCUGGACUCAGUGGCAGAAUAUGAAGUUACACCAGAUGAAAAACUGGGGGAAAAAGGGAAGGAAAUUAUGACCAAGUACCUCACCCCAAAGUCCCCAGUCUUCAUAGCCCAAGUUGGCCAAGACCUGGUCUCCCAGACGGAGGAGAGGCUCCUACAGAGGCCCUGCAAGGAAGUCUUUUCUGCCUGUGCACAGUCCGUCCACGACUACCUGAAGGGCGAACCGUUCCAUGAGUAUCUGGACAGCAUGUAUUUUGAUCGCUUUCUCCAGUGGAAGUGGUUGGAAAGGCAGCCGGUCACCAAAAACACUUUCAGGCAGUACCGAGUACUAGGAAAAGGGGGCUUUGGGGAGGUCUGUGCCUGCCAGGUUCGGGCCACGGGUAAGAUGUACGCGUGCAAGCGCUUGGAGAAGAAGAGGAUCAAGAAGAGGAAAGGGGAGUCCAUGGCACUCAACGAGAAGCAGAUCCUAGAGAAGGUCAACAGCCAGUUUGUGGUCAACCUGGCCUACGCCUACGAGACGAAGGAUGCGCUGUGCUUGGUUCUGACCAUCAUGAACGGGGGUGACCUCAAGUUCCACAUCUACAACAUGGGUAACCCUGGCUUUGAGGAGGAGCGAGCCCUGUUUUAUGCGGCCGAGAUCCUCUGUGGCUUGGAAGACCUGCACCGGGAGAACACCGUGUACAGAGACCUGAAACCCGAAAAUAUCCUACUAGAUGAUUAUGGCCACAUUCGGAUCUCGGACCUGGGUCUGGCCGUGAAGAUCCCCGACGGAGACCUGAUCCGCGGCCGGGUGGGCACUGUGGGCUACAUGGCUCCGGAGGUCCUGAACAACCAGAGAUACGGCCUGAGCCCUGACUACUGGGGUCUGGGCUGCCUCAUCUAUGAGAUGAUCGAGGGCCAGUCGCCAUUCCGGGGCCGCAAAGAGAAGGUGAAGCGGGAGGAAGUAGACCGCCGGGUCCUGGAGACGGAGGAGGCGUACUCCCCGAAGUUCUCUGAGGAGGCCAAGUCCAUCUGCAAAAUGCUGCUCACCAAAGAUGCAAAGCAGAGACUGGGCUGCCAGGAGGAGGGGGCUGCCGAGGUCAAGAGACACCCCUUCUUCAGGAACAUGAAUUUCAAGCGCUUAGAAGCCGGGAUGUUGGACCCUCCCUUCAUUCCGGAUACGGCAGGGUCGGUGGGCAAGUGAGAGGAGUGGAGGUCAGUGCUCUGACAGCCGCAGCUCACGGCUCCGGUGCCGGCUCCGUGGUGGACUCCUACAUCAGCCCCACGGCGGAGGUUUUUCUAACUGUCCCCACUUCUCAGGUGAGAAGACUGAGGCCAACAGGGGGUAUGUGACAGAGUUCCUAAGCCCAGGCCUGUCCGGCUGCAGAGCCUGGGUGCCCGCUAGUGAGAGAAGGGCCACACGUCUCUCUGGCCCUGGGUCCUUGGCAUCUGCUUUCUGUGUGGGGGAUGGGCCGCAGGCCCCAGCUGGGGCAGCCCUCAUUUGGACAGAGAAGCCCGGAAACGCUUCCACCGUCCUGAGCCUGUGGGCUUUGGGGAAACAAAAUCUGCUGAGGGGGCGGGGGAUCCGCAGAGGUGCCGAGGAGCGUGAGGUCAGAGAGGGCAUGUUCGGUGUCCCCAGCCUGGAGGGUGGGGAGGCCAGCAGCGGGCAUGAGGCUGACAGCGGGAAGGAGCCCCUGGCAGACCUGGGAGAGCGCGGCACCGGUCCCUGGAAAGGGGCCCCCUGCUCCCCGUCAGGACCCCAGGCGGGGGGCGCCGGGCCCCGGGGGUGACCCCGUGCCACCAAGUGCUCUGCCCGCAGCCCCGCGCCGUGUACUGCAAGGAUGUGCUGGACAUCGAGCAGUUCUCCACCGUGAAAGGCGUCAACCUGGACCACACGGAUGACGAUUUC